AUGCGUCAUCUCUCCGCGCGCCCUCACUUGAGUUGCGUCAUCAGCGCGCGCCCUGCCCUGUUUGGACCAAAUUCCUUCUAUCUUUGGACCCAGCACCAGCGCGAUGAUUUCAGCAGCGGUUCUGCGAGGUGUCGCGAGCCUGACCCGGGCACGAGCCGCUCACACAGCUCCGCUGGCCGUCAGAUGUUACUCUCACACUAAAGUGGAGACGGACGAGGAGUUUGACUCGCGCUGGGUGACGUACUUCAGCAAACCAGACCUGGACGCCUGGGAGCUGCGCAAAGGGAUGAACACUCUGAUUGGCUACGAUCUCGUUCCGGAGCCGAAGAUCUUGGCGUCGGCUCUGCGCGCCUGCAGGCGAUUGGAUGAUCUGGCCAGUGCCAUCCGCAUCCUAGAGGCCGUCAAGGAUAAGUCGGGUCCUCAUCGGGACAUUUACCCGUAUGUGAUCCAGGAGCUCGGCCCGACUCUGCAGGAGCUCGGCAUCUCCACGCCGGAGGAGCUCGGCAUACACACCGCCUGAUGCUGCUCACGAGCCGCCGUUUACAUGGUUUCUGUGCGUCCGAUGUUCUGGGAGUCCAGCUCGUCCCGUCCUGUAUGAAAUACAGCCCAAAUAAAUUAUAAAGCAAUACUGAAAGAGUGUGUGAGAGUUUUCCUGCGUCACUGUCAGCUUGUGUUUGAAUGAGUUUGUACACACAGACACUGAAUUACAUGUGUGUGUUUCUGAUGCUGACAAUUUGAUUAAACAUUAUUAUCCAGCA